GAAAGCUGUAAGUGAGAGAAAGAGAGAGAUCGAGAUGGGUGUGAAGGUGGUGUUGAUGAUAACACUAAUGGUGUUGUUCUCUCUAGGAACAGUCCCUGCUCCAUUGGCUGCUACUAGGGUCGACGUUGCUGAGCUUCUCGCUUCCAUUGACCUACCAACUGGGAGAAAGAUUGGGGACAGUAGCUGGUGCGACAACUGUGUGUGCACAAAAUCAAACCCACCUUACUGCCGUUGCACCGAUGCUUCUCUCUGCACCAAAUGCGUCUGCUACUUAUUUGUGCCUACUGCUCUCAAGUCAACUUGCGAAUCUAUUGCUUCCAAAUUCGACAGCUUCUGUCCUUCCUCCGUUGCUACAACUGCUGGGAGGACCCAAUUUAUCCUCAACUGA